AUUUCUUCAGAAGUUCCCAGAAAAGUUUUAGAAUCUGAAACUGUGCAAGAAACAACAACAACAAAGAUUCAAGAACUCUUACUGCGAACCUUCCAUGAGAAUCUGGAGUGUGAGCGUGGCAGCCACCGGCUGCAUCUCCAAAGUUGUGCAUGAAUCACUGCAGAGACAACAGUUCUGGGAGGUCCCUACUUUCCACAUCAUGGUGCCAUAGCCAGGGACAUACAAGGCUCCUCCUCCAAAGUGUGGAUGACGUAGUAUCCAACCAGGUGACUCAUCUGAAGAAGUCGACCUGGCAAUGGUGUAUCAGGCAGCAUCGAAUGGAGAUGUCAACUCUCUGACCUCCGUCAUUCGGGAGGAUCCGUCCAUCCUGGAGUGUUGUGACAGUGAAGGAUGCACGCCCUUGAUGCACGCGGUUUCAGGACGUCAAGUGGACACAGUGAAAUUGCUGCUAAAGAUGGGUGCCAACAUUAACACACAGGAUGCGUAUGGUCGCACCAGUUUAUGCCUGGCAACCUACCUGGGCUGGCUUGAAGGCUGUGUGAGUCUGCUCAGAAACGGUGCCAAGCACAACAUCCCAGAUAAAAAUGGCCGCCUACCUCUGCACGCUGCCACUGCAGAGCCUGAUGUGAGGCUCCUCAUAGUCCUGCUGCAGCAGUCCAGCCUCAGUGAGAUCAACCAUCAAGACACAGAGGGGAUGACGCCACUCCAUUGGGCAGCUUUCCACAACCGGCCUCAACACACCCAAAUGCUGUUGAAGAAGGGGGCAGACCCCACCCUUGUGGACAAGGAUUUUAAAACAGCCCUCCACUGGGCAGUCCAGAGUGGAAAUAGAAUUCUGUGCUCCAUCAUUCUGAGCCAUCGGCAGGGCCCGUCCAUUAUCAACUACGACGACGAGAGUGGGAAGACGUGCGUCCAUAUCGCUGCAGCUUCCGGUUUCGGAGACAUCAUCAACGAUUUGGCAAAGGUCCCCGAGUGUAACCUGCAGGCUCUGGAUGUGGAUGACAGGACACCCCUGCACUGGGCUGCAGCUUCUGGAAAGGCAGAAUGUGUCCAGUCACUGCUGGAUCUGGGCAUGGACAGCAACCUAAGGGACAUUAACGAGAGCACGCCCCUGGCCUACGCCUUGUACUGCGGUCACACGGCCUGUGUCCGGCUCCUUUCCCGAGAAGGCCGAGCAGAGCCUGCUAGGCCUCUUCCCUCCCAAAACAGCCAACCCCAAAAGAAGGAAGGACGAUUCAGCAUGCUCAACCAAAUCUUCUGCAAAAACAAGAAAGAGGAGCAGAAAGCCCAUCAGAAAGACCAGAGCAGGGCCAGACCUAAGGAGGAGGAGACCUCGGAAGUCAAUGACAUCAUCGCCACCUUUGACAGUGUCGUGGAUACCAACUGCCAAGGUCAGCCUGGUGACCAGGUGGACAUGGUUGUCUUUAAGAAGAGGACCUCGGAGAAUUCAAAGUAUCUCUUGCCAGAAAAGAAAUCCCUGGCCCGCAAGGGGCUCCCACCAAUCAGAACCCAGAGUCUCCCACCCAUCACCCUGGGCGGUCACUUCCUGACAGCCUCCCAGGGAGCCGUGUCCCAUGCUGGCCUGAACGCUGGUCCUCAGCAUACUGCCCAGCGUUCUCAGAAAAGUCGAAGCGAACAGGACUUAUUAAAUAAUAGGACUGGCUGCCCGGUGUCACUAGAGAAUCCUUGGAAGGGUGACACCAGGCAGGUGUUCUCCUGCAAGGCUUGGACCGUGUCUUCUUCUGAUAAGUUACUAGACAGGCUGUUCGCUGGCCAGCCUGGUCACCAGGAGCUCUCUGGGCCACCACAUCUUCCUCAUCUACAUAAUCCCUCAUCAGGACAAGCUCUUCAGCAUCUCUCCCCAAACAGACCUAAAAUCAGAGAUCUCCCCUUCACUCGGAACAGCCUUGCACCUCUGCCAGACCAAAAAUUUCUAUCUGGAGAACCCCUGAGAACAAACCGGGUGCUUCCAGCAAUUCCAAGCCAGAGGGGACAUGACCCAUCACCAGCUGGAGAGAGCCAGAGGGGACAUGACCCACCACGAGCUGAAGAGAGCGGGGGUUCCUCCAGUCCCACCCAUGAUGAAAACUAACUACAGCUCGCUCUCUGUGGAAAUGGAGAAGAUAUAUAUUUUUCGACUUCCCAAGGGUGAGAUUACUCUAGUUUAUAUGAGCAAAGUCUUAAUUUAGUAAGCUGCAUUCUACAAGCCAUUCAUGGUUUUCUAAUUCAAGGUUCCUUAUUUCAAAUAAAUACACUCCCUAAAUACUCACUUAGAAUCUUCAGGCGUGCAAACAUCACCAAGUCUAUUAGUUUCUGUGACGCCCUACAAACUGUAAUUGAGAAACAAAAUACACUCCUGGAGGAGGAUUUAGGUAUGUUUCACUUAUGGUUGUGCCAUGUUUGCUGUUUGGUCUGGUUCUUUUUUUUUUUUUUUUUUUUUCCCUCUUAUUUGGUGAUUUUAUGUAUUUUUUUAAGUGUAUGCUUUGCUGAAUAAAAAAAAAAUAAGAAGAAAAGCAAAUCCUAAGACUUAUUUUUUUUAUUUAUUUAUUUCCAUCCUACCUCGCCCUGACAACGCUGAAUUAAAAUUGAGUUCUAAACUCCUCUGUCAGUCACAGUGUAUGACUUUGAAAUGCUCAAGCUUCAGCAAAAAUAUUUUCUGACGUUGUCAGCUCUUGGCUAAAACCCAAAUCACUUGGCAGUGUUUAUGUCUCUUACUUGUCAUUUAAUUCUUUCCACCUUCUGUUGUUUUCAGAAAGUCUGAUGGCCCCAGGAGUAAAAAGGGUCAUGGGAGCUGGCAGGGUGUACUUCCUGGUCUGAUAGAAUUUCUUGCUCUUUCCUCAAAUAUCCUACCUGUUAAGAAUUCUCUUCUUUUGUGUUUCAAAAUAAUGCUUUCUGCCUUCGAGGCCUUCUCAGAUUUGAGACUUAGCAAAGUUCUGGAAGAUGCCCUCUUUCACUGAGACGAUGGCAUGCUAUUUAGACUGACGUUGGCUGGCAGCCUUGCCUCCAGUCACAUUCGGUAACACUCCGAGUUACUACCAGGUCUGCAGGUUUUGGAAAUGUGUCGAGUGUGACAUUUACUGUUGUAUACUAGGGUUAUUCUUCAGUUGGAGUAGACAUGAUACAGAACCUUCUUCUCGCAGCACGUUCCAGGACACAGUGAAGACACUCAAACACUUAACUUGUUUUCCAGAAGGGAGUAGAAGCAGAGAGAGGGAGGGGUCGAGAGCAGCCUCGGUAAGGAGUGGUCAGAAGCCCAUCCUGCCUGUGCCAGUUGUACUUGAGGCUGUGAAAGAGAAAACUCAGCCUUCUACACAAGCAGGGCUGAGGACAAGCCGGUCCUACAGGACACAGAGGAACCCUUAAGGCACAGCUUCCAGAGGGUCUUCUUUCUGUGUCGGUUUUGUUUGGGGAAGGUGUUUUUGCGUCAGAUUGUUAGAUUGUUCAGUGUGUCACCAGGCUACUUUAGAAUCUGUUUUCACCCACUAGUAACUGGGUGGUCUAGGCCCUGUACUGCCUAAACCAGCCAGGAUAGGCAAGUUUCUGCUCCAGGAGUAAGCAUCCCCAAGUCCCUCGGUCAAUGUAGCCCUCGGCCACAAUACAAGUCCCGCGCCAACUGGCAGAAUUAGCUAGUAUACAGUAUACAGUAUAUAGUAUACAGUUUAUAUAGUAUACAGUAUAUAUAGUAUACAGUAUAUAGUAUAGAUUCCAUCGCAACCUGGUUCCCAUGGUGAUCGAAGCAGAGGAAAUAGUCGUGAGUCAUCAUUUCCUCUCACGUUUUCUUCACCAAAUCAAGUUGUGUGAAUGUUAUUAAUUUUAAGUGGGGGUGAGUACAGAAACUCAAGCUCUUUACAUUUUCAGCAAAGAAGGAAUUACAAUCUUUAUAAAUGAUCAUAACAACGACCACACUGACCAAAACAGAGAGGGCCCCUGAUUGAGUCAAUAGAUGAAAACAUAUUUUUAAACCCAGUGAGCAAUGGGUAAAGCCACCAUCCCCUAACGCCUGAGUUGACAUAGGUGCACAUACAAAGACUUUUUCAGUGUUGGGCCUUUUGGGUCAGUUUGGCACAGGGAUUUUUGUUAGCCAUGGAGAUGCGCUGUGUUGCUACUGCCUCUUCCAAAAGAGCAACCAUCCUUCUGCCGGGAGGUAAAGUUGCUAAUGGCACAAACUGAUCAUUGGGAACUAUUUAACUGACAAAAGCAGAUCUUCAGCCGGGUGUGGUGGCGCAUGCCUUUAAUCCCAGCACUCAGGAGGCAGAGGCAGGCAGAUUUCUGAGUUCGAGGCCAGCCUGGUCUACAAAGUGAGUUCCAGGACAGCCAGGGCUAUACAGAGAAACCCUGUCUCGAAAAACAAAAACAAAAACAAACAAACAAAAAAGCAGAUCUUCAAGCACUAUAGUUUACAUUUUACAUGGUUUUCAAAGGAUUGUGUGUUAAAGGCUUCACUCACCUCAGGCUUGAUGCUGUUAGAAAUUGGUAGAAUCUAAAGGGAAUGGGGCUUAAUAGGAAAUCUUGUGGCCAUUGGAAACCUUGAAGGGAACUCUGGGACCCUGGCUGUGCCUGUGUCUUCUUGGUAUUUUCCCAGCCUAGACAUUCACUCCCUGGCAUGGUGUGUUGCCUCCUGUGGACCAGGAUCCACAAGUCAAAAUACAGCUUUCCUCUUAGAGCCGGGUACUCACAUAUGACAGUAUAGUCAUGGAAAGCUCACCAACACACUAAGGAUUCACGGGGGUUGGUGGUAAAUGCGGGAGUAGAGUGCCUACCUUGGGCACGUGAGGCCACAUAUUCCAUUCCCAGCUUUUCAGUGCUUUUCAAAGUUUCAAAGAAUCUAUUCUUUUAAAUUGAGUAUGUGUUGUUUUACCACACACACCUCCCUUCAUUACUAGGCCUGAGUCAUUUGUAUAUAUGUGUAAACAAAUUCUUUCAUUUGACAACACGUAAGGUUUGCUCAGUCAUCCCCCAUCUCUCUCUUACAGACAACUAAUUUGAAGCUGAAAAAGAAGCUAAGUAAUUUGCCCCAAAUCAUGUAGCUAAGAAAUGGCAGAGCCAGGCUUAGCAAGUAGAUCUCAUUUGCUUCAAGGCCCAUAUACAGAUUGCCCAAACUAUCAUUUUUCUGACCCACAAACCCAUUCUCAUUUCAUAGUGCAGUAUGUCCUUCCUGAUUUUAUGCAGUCUGUCUGUCUAACAAGCAAAGUGGAGCUACUGUCACUAUUUCAGGAAGUACACAGCAACCCAGGACUUUGUGUUAAACCAUCAGGGCUAGGGGAAGUCAUAAUUAUUUAUUUUCUCCAUAUUUCUUAGUUCCCCGUGGAAAUCACCUGGCUUAACCAUGGUGUCACUUC